AUCUUAUCCGUCCAAUGAGCAAGAAGAUCGAGACCUCCAUUUCCUAGCUCAGCACGGUCCCCCGGGGGAAGCAACCGCCCGCAGCCACUCACCGGCGACCGACGCCGGCCACGCACGCGACACAGUCACACAGCGCGCGCCCAAAUGGCUGCGUCCCUCCGCUCGCCGCCCCCGGUCCCCGCCGCGUUCCGCCGCUCCCGCGCCGUCGUCCGCGCCUCCUCGCAGUCGUCGUCGUCGUCGUCAUCCGCCGUCUCCUCCUCUUCGUCCGCCCCCAAGGCGCGGUUCGUCGCCCGCCGCUCAGAGUCCGUCUCCGUCCAGCAGCUAGCCCGCCCCCUCGCGGAGUACAUGAGCUUGCCGGCGAGCCAGUACUCGGUGCUGGACGCGGAGCGCAUCGAGCGCGUCGACGACUCUACCUUCCGAUGCUACGUAUACCGCUUCCGCUUCUUCGCGCUUGAGGUCUGCCCCGUCCUGCUCGUCCGCGUCGACGAGGAGCCCAACGGCUGCUGUAUUCGCCUCCUCUCCUGUAAGCUGGAGGGAUCGCCACUUGUGGAGGCGCAGAAUGAUAAGUUCUCAGCUUCUAUGGUGAAUAGGGUUUUCUGCAGUAGCACUUUGCAAGGUUCGACCCUUCAACAGCUUACAUCAGAUACUACAAUAGAGGUCACAAUCGAUAUACCUUUUCCAUUUCGAGCAAUACCAGUUACAGCCAUUGAGUCAAGCGGCAGACAAGUGCUUGAGCAGUUGCUCGGAGUCAUGCUUCCAAGGUUUCUGAAUCAGCUUGUUAAAGACUACCAAGCUUGGGCUUCUGGUGAUUCUUCAAGGAAACCACUUGGCACUGGCGAAAUAUGAAGCUGCACAGUGCCUCCAGUAGGCAUGAUAGUUUGUUCGUUGAACUCACUAUGUUGUAUAGCAAUCCUGCCUGAAUGUCACUCACGACAAUUUCUGUAUGUUGAAUCUGUUGAAAUUAGGUAUUGCCGUUUUCUAUUGCUGUUCUUCAGCUGUACGAGUUCUGAAGAUUGUAAAUCGAGCAUUCACAGUCACAAUGAAGAUGAUAGCAUCUGAACUGUCAUUUGUGCCCA